AUGAUCGCGCAAUUUGUCGGGACAAACCAGAGAAACUGGGAUAAACAAGUUCCGGAAUUCGCAAUCGCGUAUAACACCGCGAAACACGAUGCCACGGAAUUUUCCCCGGAGUAUUUUAAUUACGGCCGCGAAAUACAGCCUCCCUCGUUGGUGAGAUCUCGAGCCGAACAAGGGAAAAGCGAGAUGUACGACCCUCAUCGGGCAGCAAAGACUUUGGAGGACACAAUGGAGUUAGUCAAAGUAAACUUGGCACAGGCUUAUGAGAAACAAGCCAAGUAUUACAAUCGAAAGCGAGGUUCUUGGCAACCAGCUCCUGGGGAUCUGGUCAGCAAGAGAGAACAUCACUUGUCAUCCGCGAUUGAUAAUUUUUCGGCUAAACUCGCUGAGAAGUUCGCUACGGGCUUUACCGUGACUAAAGUCGUAGGACCUUCGGUAUACGAAGUUACUAAGGAAGGUAAAACCUUCACCGCGCACCUUAAAGAUUUAAAACCCUUUCACGAGGGAAACCCCCUGAAACCUGACCGCGACCUACUUGACCACGAACAACUUGACCGUGACCACGAACAAACGGAACCAGAAUUAGACGAAACCUUGCAACCGCGUCGUAUAACUCGGGCUAUGGCCAGAAAGGCUAAUUCUCCCCCUAUCACCGAAGACCCGGAUUGA